UCUGUAAUUCUUUCCUCUCUGCUAAACUCUCCAAUUCUUUGCUUCCCCUAUAGACAGGGAAAAUCCAGAUAUUCUUGUUCACUAUGCUUGUUAGUAUUACCGAGUGUUGGGCUGUCAACUACCAUAUCUUUGUCUUCUGGAUUGCUUUGACAGUAAGCAAGCCAGGCUGAAUCUCAUUUAGAAUAACCUGUCAGAGUUCUUUUCUGGAUAGAUGUGUAGCACGUGUCAUUAUUGUGGCAUUGAACGUAAAAACACAAAGGACAACAAGAGGACGUUGGAAAUUGAGAACUCAUUACGCUUAAAUGGUGAAGGCCCCAUUUGGUCUUGUAAAUUUUGUCAAGAGAAGCAAGAUGGAGGAUAUAUGAAGAAGGAUGGUAUGAGUUCUAAUGUUUCACGAACAAGCAGUACAGCAAUUUCGUUGUCAGGCAGUGAGAGAUCAAUCUCCAACUCAAGUGAUCUCUCAGUUGAUGCGAACAUGUAUAAUCGGAGUAAUCACGAGGGAAGUUCAACGGCCAUUUAUCAGGGGGAUUGUAACUUCACAUUCGAUGGUCCAUUGAAGAAAUCAAGCUCAGAAGCUUCUGCAAAUGAAGUUGAGAGAUUAAACACAGUGAAAGAAACUACUAACCUAAAGCAAAGAAUCAUUAGAAAUGAAAAGGAUGCUGCUAGAGAUGCAGAGGUGACAGAAGUCGUUAAUGGUCAUGAAGAACAAGAUAAUUUUGUCCAAAGCUCUAGCAGGUCCUUAGAUGUAGAAUGUGAUAUAUAUAAUCCUGUUGAUGAUGAACUUGGUGCCCGAAUUUGGGAAACUCCUGAAGCAGAGGAUCCGGAGGAUGAGAUGGAGGGCAGUGUGGCUUACAAUGACGACGACGACGAUGAGUGUGGUGAUGGCACAAAAUGGGGAAAGCCGACUUCUUUGAGUCACUUCCAUGAUGAGGGCAGUGGAAACUACAGGUUUAUAGAGGGAAAACAGAAAGCUAUGCAAGAGGUGAUCGAUGGGAAGUUUAAGGCUCAUGUAGGUCAGCUUCUUAAAUCUGUGGGUUAUGUUCAUUCAGGGAAAGAUAGUGAAAGUUGGGUGGAUAUAGUCACUUCUUUGUCGUGGGAAGCAGCAGCUUUUUUGAAGCAUGAUGUACUUGAUAGUAAGACAAUGGAUCCAGAUGGCUAUGUCAAAGUGAAAUGCAUUGCAACUGGUGCUCGUAGCCAAAGUCAACUAGUCAAAGGGUCGGUCUUCAAAAAAAAUGCUGCACAUAAGCGCAUGCCAACCACAUUCAAGAACCCAAGGUUGUUGUUGAUCCGUGGCGUCCUUGGUCAGUCUUCAAGUGGGUUAUCAUCAUUUAAGCUAAUGGAUCAGGAAAAGGAUCAUCUGAAAUCUCUCAUUGAUAUGAUAGAAAUAUGUCAUCCUAAUGUGGUUCUUGUAGAAAAGUCUGUCUCUCGGGAUGUCCAAGAAUCUAUUCUUUCAAAAGGAAUGACACUAGUCUAUGACAUGAAGCUCCAUCGCCUUGAGCGAAUAGCUCGUUGUACUGGUUCACCAAUCGUAACAUCUGAUACUUUGACUAGUCAAAAGCUGAGGCAAUGUGAUUUCUUUCAUAUUGAAAAAUUUGUUGAGGAACAUGCUGCUCUUGGUGAAGGCGGGAAGAGGCCAAGUAAAACGUUGAUGUUCAUUGAGGGCUGCCCUACUCAUUUGGGUUGUACGAUUUUGCUGAAAGGAAGUAACAGUGAGGAAUUGAAGAGAAUUAAAUAUGUAGUACAGUGUGCAGUGCUCAUGGCUUAUCAUUUAAUUCUUGAAACUUCUUUCCUUGCUGAUCAAAGGGCAAUGUUCUCUACCAUUUUUGCGGGAGAAGUAGAUAUCCCUCCACAAGAUCAAGAACCUCCUUUUCUUGAGGGCUCUGCAGCUGAAAUUGGACAGUCUACGAUUGAUAUUCCCAUUUCAAAUGGAUUCCAUGAAGACGGUGCCCAUAAUUCGAACAUCAACUUAGAAGCCAAUACCUCAUUGUCUCAUGUGCCAUACAAUCCUGCCAUUCUUUCUGGUUUAACUUCUCUCUCAGCCUCUCUGAAGAAAGUUAUAGGAGAUAAUUUCCCUCUUGCCUCAUCUGCUUCGUAUAAGUCCUUGUCUGCAUACUUAGGCUUUAAUGGGAAGGAUCCUAAUGGUCAUAUCACAGAAGAUGUUCCAGUUUCAACAGUUUUGGAGCCUUCUGAUCAUUCUGAGAUGGAGGUUAAAGGUAAUUCUGAUGAAGAGCAAUCACCUAGUGAAAGCCAGGAUGUGUCUUUGGUUUCUGGCAAUGAUGAAGUGCAAAUUAAGGAUGACAUCGACACUGUAUUGGAUUCUCAGAGUAUUUUGGUUUUGAUGUCCAUCCGUAAUGCCUUAAGAGGAUCUAUAUGUGAGCAAAGCCAUUUUUCUCAUAUUAUGUUCUAUAGGAAUUUUGAUGUUCCCCUCGGGAAGUUUCUUCGGGACAAUCUACUGAAUCAGAAAAGCCAGUGCAAGACAUGUGGUGAAUUGCCAGAAGCUCACUUCUAUUAUUAUGCACAUCAUAAUAAGCAGCUCACAAUACAUGUUAAGGGGAUUUCCAAGAGUUUGCCUGGAGAAGCAGAAGGAAAACUUUGGAUGUGGAGUCGCUGUGGGAAAUGCAAAACCUCAAAAUCCACCAAAAGAGUGGUGAUUUCCACGGCUUCUCGUGGUUUAUCUUUUGGAAAGUUCUUGGAACUGAGCUUUUCUCAAUCAUCUAAUAGAUUAUCAAGUUGUGGCCAUUCUCUGGAAAAGGACUUCCUUUAUUUCUUUGGAUUAGGCUGCAUGAUUGCAAUGUUCAGAUACUCACCAGUUACAACUUACACUGUAUCUUUGCCUCCUCAGAAGCUGGAGUUCCGAAGCUCCAUUAGACAAGAAUGGCUCAAGAGAGAAUUCGAAAAUGUAUACACAAAAGGGUUGUUGUUUUUCUCUGAGGUUUUGAGUUCUUUGAAGAAGAUGAGAUCUCAAUUUACUUGCGCAACUCUUAUUCUUCGAGGCUCUUUGAAAGAAUUCUCUGAUAUUGAAGAGAUGCUGAAGCAGGAAAGUUCUGAUUUCGAGACAAACAUUCAGAACGCUGUUGCAAAGAAUGGACAUCUGGAUCAGGUGCUUUACAAACUUCUGAGUUUGAAUCGAUUACGGUGGGAACUUCUGCUUGAAGUAUGCAUUUGGGAGCGACGCCUGUAUUCACUUCUGUUGCCUGAUCCUUCAGUGGUUGACAUUAUUACCACCGACAAAUCUGGGAACAAGCAAUCUCAGUCUAAGGUAGAUGGUGCUACUGACACAGGAAAUGGGAGCAGAGUAGAUGCUUUGGAAAAUGGUGAUAAAGUUUUGAACGAUAAAUCUGAUUUUGGAUUUGAGUUGGGUACAACUGUUGAAGCAAAUGAAUAUUUAAGUAGAGAAAUCUUUGUUGAUGGUCCUGUACAAGCAUUCGGAGAACAAGACGAUGUACAUAACACUACUGUGGCUGAUGAUUCUGAAAGUACGAGGGUGAAUGGAUUGAGAAUAAAUGGAUCACCCAACCAAGAGUUCUUUCUCAAGCGUGACAUCUCUGAACAUCAUCUUUCUGGUGGCAUUAGUAGUCAGGCAGAGAGCUUUACUUUGGCCAAUGAUUUAUCAAUGGAUAGAACAAUUCCAAUUUCCUCAGAUCUCAACGAUAUUGAUUCUUUUGUCGAUGCAACCAUAUCUGGGAAGGGUGUGUCUGAUCAUUCACUGGUGUCCGACAUGGAAAACUCUAAUGGAUGGUUUUGGAUGCCAUUUGCUGAAAUCCGAGAGACAUAUAUGAAGGAUCUUCAGAGAGGUUAUGUUCCAAAAUUUCAAUCAAUUAGUAGCCACACUAUUGAGAACUUACCCACGGCGUAUCAACUUAUCACCGAGGAAGGUGCAAGGUUGCACAUUCCUCUUGGAAUCAAUGAAUAUAUUGUCUCGGAUUAUGAGGGUGAACUCUCGAGCAUAAUUGCUUGUGGGCUGGCAUUUUUAAAAGACAUACCUGUUUCAACAGAAGUUCUGGACCAGUAUAACAGGAAAGACAGUGGCAUUGCUGGUAAAGUAACUGAGAGUUUACACAUUCUGAGUCGAACUCCGACUAUUACUUCCCCACAUUGGUCUUCAACCAGUUCUUCAGAUUCUGAUUUGGUCCAUUCUGCCGUAGGAAUUUCUUCUGAAGAGUCACGCUUCUCUAGCUUUGAUGGGUUGACUUUGUUGGAUGCUUUGGUUCCUACAGAAACUCUUAACCCAGAAGUGUCUCUGGGGUUUACAAAAUCACUUCCAAAGGGUAAAUACAGUGUAAUUUGUCUAUAUGCCAAUCAGUUCCAUGAUCUUCGGAGCCGUUGCUGCCCAUCUGAAUUUGAUUAUAUCGCUUCCCUCAGUCGUUGUAAGAACUGGGAUGCUAAAGGGGGAAAGAGCGGAUCCAUUUUUGCUAAAACACUUGAUGAUAGGUUUAUCAUUAAAGAAAUUAAGAAGACUGAAUUCGAGUCAUUUGUAAAGUUUGCGCCACAUUAUUUUAAAUACAUGAAUCAGUCAUUUGACUCUGGAAACCAAACUUGCCUCGCCAAGGUUCUCGGAAUAUAUCAGGUAACAAGUAGACAAACAAAAAGUGGGAAAGAAGCAAGACACGAUCUGAUGGUGAUGGAAAAUCUAAGCUUUGCUAGAAACAUCACUCGCCAGUAUGAUCUUAAAGGUGCUCUGCAUGCUCGAUUCACUUCAGCUGCUGAUGGCUCGGGAGACGUACUUUUGGAUCAGAAUUUUGUAAAUGACAUGAAUUCUUGUCCAUUAUAUGUUAGCAGCGAGGCAAAACGUCACUUGGAACGGGCUGUUUGGAAUGAUACGACUUUCCUCAACUCCAUCAAUGUAAUGGAUUAUUCUCUACUAGUGGGAGUGGAUGCCCAGCGCCGGGAGCUUGUGUGCGGGAUAAUUGAUUAUCUUAGGCAGUAUACCUGGGACAAGCAACUAGAGACAUGGGUUAAGUCUUCACUUGUUCCCAAGAAUUAUUCUCCCACUGUCAUUUCUCCAAAAGAGUACAAGAAGAGAUUCCGAAAGUUCAUGAAAACUCACUUCUUGAGUGUCCCAGAUCAUUGGUGCUCACAGACAACUGCUUACCCUUGCAGACUUUGCGGCACCAGAGACGACAGUUCUUGACAGAGUCCCGAAAGCAAGGUCGAUCUAAACGGUUUACUCCCUACAUUUCUCUACCUUAUGCAACUAUUACCAUCAUUUUUUAUGCCAGAGUAUAAAUACUGUAAAUACGCCAUUGUCACGGUUCAUAGAACCCACCCAUUAUUUUGCAUUUUUUAGCAAAAUUCAUGGUCUUUUUUUGUUUUGUUUUAGUAAGUCUGCUACAUCCAGGUUGCUGUACCACUUUUUUUUUGUAAAGCCUCUAUUGAGAAAAUGUAGACCCUAGUAGUGGUUUAAGGUUCAUUUUGAAGCAAUGAAAUCUGCAGUUAAUGGUUGUUUCAUGCAUGC